UUUUUUCGAAGUAGGUUGGCAGCAACAGUGCUUGAUUUCGUUUCGUAUUCGGAUUGCAUUGCACGGAAAACACACGACUUGUGUACACCUUCCUCAAAAAGCGCCGCAUUUUGCGACUUUCCCCUGUUUUUUCAGCUUAUUGCGAAUCGGAGUCCAGCUAGUUGAAAGAUGGCACGAGGUCACCAAAAGAUCCAGUCGCAGGCGAAGGCGCAAGAAAAGCAGGCCAAAAUGAAGAAGCAACAGGGACACAGCGCUUCAGACCAGCAGAAAGCGGCUGCCAAAGCUCUAGUUUUCGCUUGUGCUAUCUGCAAGUCGCAAAUGCCCGACCCGAAGACCUACAAGCAACACUUUGAGAACAAACACCCUAAAAACGAUUUGCCCGCUGAGCUGAAGGAUGUCUAGAAUCACGUUCGAUUGUGUGUUCAUCGCCGAGGGGCGGAGCAGGAGGAGAAAAAGGAGCUGGGUGCAGGAGCCUAACUAAGACCGAUUCAUUGCCAAUAAGAAGAGAAAUUUUUGCCGCUAGCCAUCGUUUCCCCCGCAGUAUUGACCAACUAUUAUUAAGAUAUGUGCUCAAACUUUGUCCGAGAAGCCAGUGUUGAUUAUUUGGUCGAGAUUGAUCUAUUUGCAACCGUUAAUAUUUUGCCGUUUUGAAUGUUUCUCCUGCAACGCACGUUCCUGCCAGAAUGUGAAUUUGGACUUGCACAACGUGGUGAUUUUCGACCGUUUUUGUCGUGUACUUUUAAUUUUAUUUUUGUUUUGAAGCGACGGGAACCAUCCAAUAAAUAAAGGAAUGUUCAAUUCAUUUUCUUUAUUUUUA